GCUUGAGAUAUUCAAAUGUAUUGUCCAACCAAAUAUUUGAGUGAAAGUGUUUCCGAGAAGUUUUUCAAAAACGGUAAUACUUGCAAGUGUAGGUUGGUGAAUCAUUUGGGUAAUUAUAGUAAAACCUACAAGAGCUUGAGAGAGGAAAAGUUCCGUUUCAACAUAUUCCAAGAAAAACUUCGAGAAAUCAAAUCACAUAAUGAAAAAUACAAAAAAAGAGAGGUUUCUUACUUUUUACGAGUCAACCAAUUCUCAGAUUUAACAACCGAAGAAUUUGCAAAGAUGCUCAAUAGAAACCUCGCGAACAAACCCAAUUUUCAAGCAAUUCGUUCCACUAAAGAGAUAGAUGACAAUCUUACUGUACCAGAAUUCAUGAACUGGGUUCAAAAAGGAGCAGUUUUGGAAGUGAAGGAUCAAGGACAUUGCCAAAGCUGCUGGGCAUUUAGUACAACAGGAAGCAUUGAAGGUCAGAACAUCAUCAGACACAAUAAAAGAUUAGCCCUGAGUGAACAACAACUAGUAGAUUGUUCAAGAGAAAACAAUGGUUGCAAGGGAGGACUGAUGGGAGAUGCCUUCAAUUACGUGCAAGAAAAUGGUUUAGCGUCCGAAUCUGCCUACCCAUAUACUGGCGUUCAAAGAGAAUGCAAGAAAGCAGUAAGUUCCGUGAACAUCAAAGGAUUCACAUUGAUUGAAGGUGGUGAAGAUUCUCUGCAGAAGGCCGUAGGUACUAUUGGUCCAAUUUCUGUUGCUGUAGAAGCUACUUUAUGGCAAUCAUAUGGUGGAGGAGUCUUUGAUAACCCUAACUGUACUGGUUUCAACCUCAAUCACGGUACUUUAUCUGUUGGAUAUGGAAUUGCGAAUGAAAAAGAAUAUUGGUUGAUCAAAAACUCUUGGGGAGUUUCUUGGGGAGAGGAGGGUUACAUUCGAUUAGUGCGCAACAAAUAUAGCCAAUGCGGAAUUGACACUUAUGCAACUUACCCAAGGAUGUAGACAUAGAUUGAUAAUAUUUUUGAACACCUCAUAUGAAUUAUUUUAUUAAAAUAUUGUUAUAGUUUUCAAAUAAUAAAAA